GUGAGGUAAGUUAGGCUGAAAAUUACAAUGAGGUCUCUUCCAGACUUCCCUUUCUGCUGCAUUUUUAGGCACGGGCCCAUGCUUUAAAGCACUGUGUCUGAACACUUUUUUUUUUUUUUUGUCCUGGCACUUUCCUCAUGAAAACACAUUCUUUGCCACUGAACUGGAGCAAACAGCAAUCUCUGGAAAGCCCAAAUUGUCAUUUGUUCAGUGCUGAAGACCAGGUUUUCCUGGGGAAGGUAGUGGGGCAAAAAUAAUACAGUAAUCGGUUACUUGUUGACCUAGCUCUUCAAACCUCUUUUUGAGUUACAGUUUCUCCACCCCUUCCACAAGAUGGAAGAGAGAGGAAUGGUUUCCCUUUAAGGCAGUGAUGGGGAACCUCCGACCCAUGGGCCAAAUUUGGCUGGGAGGCUCUUUACCCUACACCAUGCCCACUUGCUCCACACCUGGCAUAUUUCAGUAGUCAAGACAUGACUGGAUUUACUGCAGAACCGAUUUCUUAAUGAAGAAUUCCAUUACAUAGCUGAUUCCUACAGAAAGCAACUUCAAAGGCACCAGCUAUCAACUGAUAGGCAGGGACUACAAGCCUGCUGAUCAGUAGCACUUUAACACACACCACACAUCUCUUUGCAAGCCCUUUGUGGCAACAGUUAUCACCUUAUGUCACUGUGACAGAAUUUGUCCCAUGAGGAGUUGGAGAGAUUAAGACCUGGUCUGCAGCCUAGAUCAGGUUCCCCAAACCUUCUUUAAGGACUGGUUUUGGGAGUUGGAGGGGUGUCCCAAAGCAGUUAUGUGGGACGAAGUAGGCAGGAAGGCUAUGAAAAAUGUUCCUUUGGGUGCUGGAUGCUCAUUUGAGGCAAAUGGCUUAUCUGCUGGAGUAUUGCAGUUUGAUGCAGAAUCCCUGCCUUGGUAUGUAAGCUGGGCUGUAAUUCUUUUGUAAGAUGACAUGACACUGUCCUGAUGAAAGAUAGGAGGGAAACACCAUAAAUGUAUGAAUAGGCUUCUGGGCCAGCUUGGAGUUUGCCAAGUUUUACAGAGAUUGUGUGGGUGGUGGAGGAAUGGUGUGUUACAAAUAAGUUGUGUGAAGUACAUUUCUAAAUAAAUGAGGUUUAUUUCUAAAUAAUAAAUUGUAUGAAAUACACGAUGUGGGGGCCUGGGAAAGGGCCUUUUCAAUGGAACCCUCUCCUUCCUGGCCUAAUUUCUCAGUGGUUUUAGGUGGCUAGUUAGGACACAUUUUUUUCAGAGUUUCAGCAGUGAUUUUUUUGUUAUGUGUUUUUAAAGGAUUGGGUUUUUUAUGGAUUUUUAACUGUUUGCCUUGUUGUAAACUGCCCUGUGGCUUAUGCAAAGGACAGUAUAAACCAUUCAGAAAUAGAGAGCUAGCAGCUGGAACCAUUGUUCUUUGAGCUGGAAAUUUUGCGCAAGGGUGCCUAUUCUGCAGCUUCUAUCAAGUGUUUAGAUAUUCCUCUCCCUUUUGUCUCAAGUGGAGCAAUCCUUUCGCUUUUCACCUUUAUUGCUGGCAAGAAGUAAUAAAUAACUACUCGUGUGCUAUUAAUCUGAACAUCACCAUUUUGGAUUUCCUUUGCCAUCAAUGCACUAUGUGGCCUUAGUCAAGACUAACAUAUGUAUUAAGCUUCAAUCCUUAUUGCGCCACUGCAUUUCUUUCAGCACAGACCAAUAUAGUUGUCCAUAUGAGAUUCAGUAAGCUACUCUUUCACAUCUGACAUAUGCGAAUAAAAGACCCAAGUAUUACAGGGCUGUUGUCAUAUAAGAGUGCACACUUUGAACACUUGAAAAAACUAUCCCUCAUACAAGGGUCACAAACUUGCUUAGUCCUACUGAAGUGAGGAGGAUUGUGCACAGUGCACACUGCUUGUCUCAGUAAAAGGCUUAGCAAUAUGAACUUGCAGCAAGAGUUCAGGUCUGGGGCCUCGGUCUGUUUUUGAGCACCUCGUGAUUGUGAUUCAUAAGCCAUUUUAGGGAAAUUAUUCCACUGCUCUGCUGACCGUAGUGUUAGAAAAAUGCUUUCUAAUGUGUUUCUUGCAUUUCUUUUUAGUUUCAGGCUAUUACUCUUUGCACUCUGUUUUUAGCUGCUUGAAAUUGUUGGUGUAAUUUUCCCCCCCCUUAAAAAGGGGGCUCCUGUUGAUUUGAGUAUUUUCCUAUGCUACAAAAAAGGUUCUCAUCCCCUCACCCUCCUUUCCUUAUUAUAUUCAGUAAAUAUGUGUCAAGAAAAAGUUGCAGUUGAAGCAGGAAUGAGUGUUUUAGCUGCAGGUGCCAGCAAGGACAAGCUAGAUGGGCUGGGGUGACCUAGGUGUGUUUGGGCAACCUUCCAAAGAAACCCCAAAUAUAGACCAGAUGGCUGCAGAAGGAAUGCUUUUCCCAAGCUUCUACACUGCCAACCCUCUUUGUUCUCCAUCAAGAGCAGCACUCUUAACUGGUCGUCUCCCCAUCAGGAAUGGCUUCUACACCACAAAUGCCCAUGCCAGAAAUGCCUACACCCCCCAGGUCAUAACAGGGGGCAUCCCAGAUUCUGAGCUCCUCCUUCCAGAAUUGCUGAAGAAAACAGGCUAUGUCAAUAAGAUCGUUGGCAAAUGGCACCUUGGCCACAGACCUGAGUUCCAUCCCUUGAGGCAUGGAUUUGAUGAGUGGUUUGGAUCCCCUAAUUGCCAUUUUGGACCUUAUGAUAACAAGGCAGCACCUAACAUCCCUUUUUACAGGGACUGGGAAAUGAUUGGCAGGUAUUACGAAGAUGUAAAAAUUGACCAUAAGACGGGGGAAGCCAACCUAACUCAAAUGUACUUACAGGAAGCCCUUGAUUUCAUUAGCACACAGCAUGCCAGCCAACAGCCGUUCUUUCUGUAUUGGGCAAUCGAUGCUACUCACGCGCCUGUGUAUGCCUCCAGGGAGUUCUUGGGCACUAGCCAACGAGGGCUGUAUGGUGAUGCAGUGCGAGAAAUUGACGACAGCAUUGGGAAAAUACUGAGUCGCCUUCAAAAGCUGGGCAUAAGCAACAACACCUUCGUAUUUUUCACAUCUGACAACGGUGCUGCCCUUGUUUCCGGUCCUGAUCAAGCUGGUAGCAAUGGCCCUUUCCUAUGUGGCAAGCAAACUACCUUUGAAGGUGGCAUGAGAGAGCCAGCAAUUGCCUGGUGGCCAGGACAUGUACCUGCUGGGCAGGUGAGUCAUCAGCUGGCAAGCGUGAUGGAUCUCUUCACCACCAGCCUCGCAUUGGCAGGACUGCAGCCUCCCAGUGACAGACAGAUCGACGGAAUCGACCUUUCGCCUGUCAUCCUGCAAGGCAAGUUAAUUGACAGGCCAAUAUUUUAUUACCGUGGCAACGAGAUGAUGGCAAUACGGGUUGGGCCUUAUAAGGCCCAUUACUGGACCUGGAGCAAUUCCUGGGAGCAAUUCAGCCAGGGCAUUGAUUUCUGCCCCGGCCAAAAUGUUUCUGGAGUAACGACCCAUGACCAAGAGGAGCACUCCAAGCUUCCACUUCUGUUUCACUUGGGAAAGGACCCUGGGGAAAAGUAUCCAAUAAGUUUUUCAAGUGCUGAAUACCAAAGUGUUAUAGAAAGAAUCUCCCCCAUCGUCGAGCAGCACAAGGAGACAUUGCUACCUGGGCAGCCUCAGCUGAACGUCUGUGACAAGGCGGUCAUGAAUUGGGCUCCUCCAGGCUGUGAGAAGAUAGGGAAGUGUUUGAAGCCUCCCAGCCCCAACCCUCAUAAGUGCUUUUGGCCCCACUGAGCAUCUCAUGCCUGACCUGCUGGAGACAGGGCUGCUGCGGAUCAUUUCUUCAGGAAAGGGGCAUUGUGGGAAGAAGCGCAGAGUGUUUCCCUCCUCUCUUUCUCAGGGUUACAGCAGUAAAUCUGUAUGAAUUCAGCCUCUCAGUACAGACAGGGCCAAGGUACUGUGAGCUUAAGACUAUUUCAGAUAUUAGGGCUGGAGAGCCUGCCUUAGUCCUUUGCUACUCAUAAGUUCCUUUGAGACUGAGCCCUCAGUUAUCAGUUGUGAUCAUCUCUCACAGUAUUCUGCUCCCCUCCCACUGCCUAGAAUUGGAAGUUUGUCCUGGAGCUCAGGAACCCUUCUGGACCUGAUGAGACAGAGCAUCUUUGUGCCAUCUAAAAAUUGUUAAGCGUCGAUGCCAGUAUUCAGUGGCUCCAGCGAAUGUACAGUGUUGAUUAAACGUGCUUGGAGCAAAUGCUGCUGCUCACUGCAUGGAGUGCCAGCAACAUUACAGUCUAUUGGCUAUAAUGUCUCCCAUACCCUCUGCAGGCCAGCUUUGGCAGGUGGGCAGGAGUACCCACCUGUCAAUCACCAGACAUCAUAAUGGUGUCAAAGUUUAAAGGAGGUUGUUGCAUCCUCCUUUGAGGAUGUUAUUCCAGCACUAAUCAGCUGAUUGGCACUGGAAGUGCAAUGAACUAGCCAUAUCCACCAUUCAGCUGAUCAUUAGUUACAGGAAGCCCCUUUGAAGUCUUUGCAGAGGGGACAAUGCACCUAAAAUUGAAGUCUUUUUCCCUCUGCAAAGAAAAUGGUCUCUACUCAAAGUGCUUUCUCCAGCGCUUUCAAUACAAACUGCUUCAUCUUUCUUUCUUUCUUUCUCUUUCUUUCUUUCUUUCUUUCUUUCUUAGCUUUUUGGAUUCAAAACACAGGAGGAAGUGCUUUAAAUCCAAGUUACUUCCUGCAGCCCCCUUGGCUGCACUAGAUAACUUCCUAGUGCAGCCAAGCACAGCUGAUUGUUGGGGCUUUGGCAGUGCAGGGCUCUCUUCGAGCACUAACAGUCAGCUGAUCAUUGGUGUUUGCAGAGAGUCCUGCAUUGCACUUCAAAAAGGGCUCCGCAGGUGCCCUUUUGGGCCCAGCUAUUACUUUACCUGCAUCUCACACCUGAUGCAAUAUAUGCUAGCAGGUCUAGGGCAGGUGAGUGUGGCUUGGCCAAAAUUGUCUGGCCAGAUGCUCCCCACACCUGAGCUAUAUUAUCAAUAAUUAAUGCCUCUGAUAGCUAAGUGGAACUUCUAUGUUUAGAGGCAGUCUACCUCUGCAUGCCAGUUGCUGCGGGAUGGAAGAACAACAGGGUAGUUGUCAUCAGGCCCAGCUUGUGGGCUUCUUGGAGGCACCUGGUCAGCCACUGCUGGAAACAGAUGGCUGGCAAGGUAAACCUUUCUUCUGUUAUUUUGCUAUGCAAAGAAGUGUUCUCCAUUGCCAACAUUUCUUUUAAGACUUGGUCUCAAAUGGUGCCAAAAUAUACAUUUUCAGGGAGUGCCAAAGGUUAAUAUAAAGAAAUGUCUGCUGCUGUGAUGUUGUUUUUAGUAUGAUUAGAAGAGUUCUGUAUGUUUGUUGUUAACUUUCAAGAAAUACUUUUGUCAGCUUUAUAACUUUCUUAUUGUGUGAUUGUAAGAAAUUAAAACCAAUAUAAUAUGUGAUCUACAA